AUGGCGCCAAAGGGCAAGCAGCAAGAGCCCAAAAAGGCCAAGGCCACGGUCGAUGACAAGACCUUUGGCAUGAAAAACAAAAAGGGCGGUAGUGCGAAGAAACAAAUCGCCCAGCUUCAAGCACAGGCAAAGUCCAACAAGUCGCCGGAAGAGAAACGAAAAGAGGCCGAGAAGGAGCAGCGGCUGAAAGAGAAGGCGGCCGCCGAGAAGGCAAAGGCAGAGGCCGCAGAACUCUUCAAGCCGAUUCAGGUCCAGAAGGUGCCGUUCGGAGUGGAUCCGAAGACCGUGCUCUGCCAGUUCUUCAAGCAAGGCCACUGCGACAAGGGCAAGAAAUGCAAGUUUAGCCAUGACCUCGACGUGGGGAAGAAGGUGGCCAAGAGAGACCUGUACCAAGACACCCGGGAGCAAGAGAAAGAUGAGAAGGAGAAGGACAACAUGGACGACUGGGACGAAGAAAAACUACGAAAAGUCGUGAUGAGCAAACACGGCAAUCCGCGGACGACGACCGACAAGGUCUGCAAAUACUUCAUUUCAGCCGUCGAGGAUGGGAAGUACGGCUGGUUCUGGACAUGUCCGAACGGAGGCGACAAGUGCAUGUACAGACACAGCCUGCCGCCUGGAUUCGUGCUAAAGACGAAGGAACAGCGGAAGGCCGAAAAGGCCCUGAUGGACAAGUCCCCGCUAAACACACUAACACUAGAAGACUUCCUCGAAUCCGAACGACACAAAUUGACUGGCACACUGACUCCCGUCAAUCCGGAAACAUUUGCAAAGUGGAAGAAGGAACGCCUGGACAAGAAGGCUGCCGAAGCGGAAGCAUUGAAAGCCAGAGAAGCAACAGGCCGAGCCAUGUUCGAGAGUGGCAACUGGAAGGAUUCGGAGGACGAAGAUAGCGAGGAUGACGACGACGACGAAGAUGACGAAGACCAGGGAGCAUGGAACCUCGAAGCCAUGCGCAAAGAGACCGAGAGGAUCCGACAGUUGAAGGAGGAAGAGCGGUUAGCCAAGGCAAACGGCGAACCCGUAUCAGAUCGGAACGAUGAUACCGACAGUAACGACGCCGAAAGUCAAGAAGGUGGGGACGAUGCCGACGGCAGCGAAGAUGACAAUGGAGAGGGUUCGAGCGGGACUAAUGGAGAGAGUAGUGGAUCGAAGGAUGGAAGCUAG